AAAACCGAAAGGGGUGUGGAUUUUCAUCCUCCUCCGAACAAGUUAGCCCGCUUCCAUCUUAGAUUGCAUCAUCAUUCAUCACUUAGGUACCAUCAGGGAGAUUGUAGUCAAGGGUUAACUUGUGCUUGUGAAGAAAAAUAUAAAAAAAGCCCCUACAAUGAACGAAAUCAACCCAGCCAGCGGCUACCGUUCCUAUAGUGUUGUUGAAACUUCGGUUUCGGUAAUACUAAAAGCGUCAACAACUCGAGGAUUUAUCUCCGGUUUUUCAGUAGGAUUUAUCUUCAGAUUCAUAUCCACACCCGAUCCGGUAAUUUAUCCUGGCUAGAUACUAGUUAACAUAGGUAACUACACAUAGGUAGGAACCUGCUUUUAUAUUUCUAAAUAGGUAUCUAGCAGUGGCGAAGAGUCUAUACGAACUGAAUCCCGCCGUUUAAGAAAAACAAUCCAUACAUAUUUAUUAUUGCAAUGAAUAUCCUAUCCAUACUAUAUACAGUAGGAGUAUUCUGCAACUUUUAAGUUAGAAACCAAAAAAUUGGUAUGCAGACUAUUUGUGACUAAAAAAAACCGUGUAUCAGUUUUUUUUGAAAAUUCACCCCUAAUCCCUUAAAGAGGGGAUGAAAUAUAUGGAACUUUUGUCAGUAAGGUUGGAAGCUAAAAAUCGGUACACAGACAUUGACACAGACUCUUUUUUACCCCGAAUUUUGCGCGGGCGAAGCCGCGGGCAAUAGCUAGUCAUAUACCUAUAUGAAAAAACUAAUCACGCGGAAUGAAUUUCCUUUUCUUUGGGUUACCUUCGACAAUAUUCCAAUCUUCGCCACUGGUACCUACCUACCUGGUACCUAGUCCAAAAAGCUGUUUACAAAACUUUUUGAAUAGCAAACGUAGGUGACGUAUCAAAUGUUUUAUAAACUUCGUGACUAAAACUCUCAAAUGAUUUCUUUCUGUUGGUCGAAAAUCACGUUAAAGUAAUUUGGAAUUGUAAAAUGAUUUUUAAAAAAUAUAUUAGACAAAUUUUUAUUUUUACAGUUUUAUCCGAGAGUAUAAUAUGUGGCAAAACAUCGGACGAAUAUAACAAACCAGAUAUCGCUAGAGUAGGGAAAACGAAACGAGAGAAAAUGCGACAAAAGACAGCCGUAGGCACUUUUGCGAAUGUCAUAUCGCAAAUUCAAAAUCUACCCAACAUGAACCUCGGGAGGAAGUUCAGGACGCCCUGCAAGACCGGGAACAAAUGCGGCAAGGUAAUAAAAAGACUGAUGGUACCUAAAUUAGCUCAGCUAGAGAACACAAUAAUGGGCAUAAUGAAAGAACUGUCGAAACUACCCCCGGGCUCCCGUCUUCCAGACAAGUACACCAAAACAGAGCCGAUCAAACUGUUACUUGACCAGAAUUACAAAGAAGACGUCUGCUUGGAUAAGCUAGAGUCCUGCCUCAAAGAAGACAAACGUCGGAAGCGUAUUCUCAAAAAGCUGUUCUUCAAGAAGUACAACUCUAUGCGGCAAGAGCUCAUCGGAUAUGGCGGGCGGAGGCUUUGGGGAGGGGAGGGGAAUCUUUUCUAUUAAUCUGUAAUAAAAUAAUGUAAUCAUAAUCAUAAUGUAAUA